CUUAUUUCCUCCACACAUUGCUAUACAUAGCCACCACAAACACCACCACUCUAACAACCGUAACUCACAGCUCUUGCCACGUUAACCACCGUACGCUACCAGUUUACUCCGGCAACAGUGGCGUCUCCAUCAAAGGCCAACACAAGUGCAUCUAGAGUGAACCCAUGACGCGAAAGGUUUCAAAUUUCUCCGAUCUGAUCCAAAGGGUCACGGCUUCCUGCCUCCUCCACCCUCUGGCCACCGCAGCCUCCGGCAAGGAGGACGAGAACUCGCACUACGACUCUGAGGAGAACAGGAACGAGGAGUACGAGGAAGAAGACGAGAAUGAGGACUACGAGGAGGAGGAGGAGUACGAGUACGACGAAGAGAGAGCGGUGGGACCUCUGAAGGCUCUGAAAGUGAAGCAGAUGGAGGGGCUGAUGGAGGAGGUGUUCGAAACGGUGUCGUCGAUGAAGAGGGCGUAUGUGAGGCUUCAGGAGGCGCAUUCUCCGUGGGACCCGGAGAGGAUGCGGGCUGCCGACGUGGCAGUGGUGACGGAGCUCCGGAAGCUCGCCGUGCUGAGGGAGCGGUUCCGACGGAGCGGAGGCGGGGAAGGGAGGAGGAAGGGGAGGAGGAGAGGUGGUGGGGUGGCGUCGGUGAGAGAGGUGGUGGCGCCGUACGAGGCGGUGGUGGAGGAGCUGAAAAAGGAGGUGAAAGUGAAGGAUUUGGAGGUGAGGAAUCUGAGGGAGAAGCUUGAUAGUGCUGUUGCUCUCACUAGUAAUGGGAGUGGUGAAAAGAAGCCUGGGAGGUCCUUGUCUAAGAGGAGGCUGGGAAUUCAAGCAGUUGCAGCAGUACCAACUCCAGAACUGUUUGAAGCAGCAAUGGUUCAAGUGAGAGAAGCGUCAAAGUCUUUCACAUCUCUUUUGCUGUCUCUGAUGCACAAUGCACAUUGGGACAUAACAGCUGCUGUUCGUUCCAUUGAAGCUGCUACUGCCUCAACCGACAAAUACCACAAUACUUCAACCACAUCCAUUGUCUCUGCUCACCAUGCCAAGUACGCCCUUGAAUCCUAUAUAUCCAGGAAAAUCUUUCAAGGGUUUGAUCACGAGACUUUCUACAUGGAUGGAAGCCUCUCCUCCCUCCUCAACCCUGAUCAGUUUCGACGUGAUUGCUUCACUCAGUACCGGGACAUGAAGUCCAUGGAUCCUACUGAGCUUCUUGGAAUCCUACCAAGUUGUCACUUUGGGAAAUUCUGUUCCAAGAAGUACCUUGCCAUUGUCCAUCCAAAGAUGGAGGAGUCAUUGUUUGGGAACUUGGAGCAACACAGUCAAGUCCAAGCAGGGAACCAUCCCAGGAGUGAGUUCUACAAUGAGUUUUUAGGGGUGGCCAAGACAGUGUGGUUACUUCACUUACUUGCAUUCUCGUUGAACCCUGCACCAAGUCAGUUUGAGGCAAGUCGUGGAGCCGAGUUCCAUCAACAGUAUAUGGACAGUGUAGUGAAAUUUUCAGGUGGGCGAGUGUCUGCUGGUCAAGUUGUAGGGUUUCCCGUUAGCCCUGGAUUUAAGCUUGGGAAUGGGUCUGUUAUAAAGGCCAGAGUUUAUUUGAUAGCGAGAACAUGAAGUUUUUUCUGAGGGGAAGUUCUUUUUGCAUCACUUUUUUUCUGGUUCCGCCGCCUCGCUUUUUUACAUUCCAUAAAUUAGUUUCUAGGAUACUGGGAAUUACUUUUUGAAAUGUAAGAAAGAAAAAAAUAUAUAUAAUGGGUGUGAGAGAAAAAGACGAUGCAAGUAGAAUCACUCUUUAGGGAGUCAUGUUUUGAAAAAACGGAUUACAGUGAGCUAAGAUUUGCCUAGCAGGAUUCAGGGCUGUUAAUGUAAUAUGAAAAAUCCGUCGGCUAGGUUAUUGAUUUUCUGGACGGAAGUGAUUAUGACAGUGUGUAUUACCAAAUCUAUAUUGGCAAGCUAUUCUUUUUCUCUGAA